AUGGCCACCGUCAACCAGCUUGUGAGCGGCCUCAGCAACCUCGCCACAGAGUCCAAGAGAAGGCAUGCCGACAUUAAGACCAAUUGCGACUCUUUGUUGGCCAAUCUCAAACAGUACCCUCCCACAGCGUCCAUUAGUGAAAUCAGUCCCAACCACCGUAACGACCUCAUAAUACCGUUCAUCAAGGCUGUGAAGACAGGAAAUGCCAAGGCCGUCACCAUAUCCAUCCCUGUGAUCCACCAGCUUAUUGUCACUCGGCUGGUGCCCCUAGACCGUCUCGACGAGUUGUUGGAAGGCCUCAAAGAGGCUUCCAACUUGGCCGUCGACAUCCAAUUGAGAAUUCUCCAGUGCUUGCCCACACUCAUGCAGACGUACGGAGCACAUGUCAAAGGCGAUACAUUGAUCAAUUUGCUCAGAAUAUGUUCCAGCUUGACCACCUCCAACAAACCGACCGUGGUGAUCAACACCGCGUCCGCCAUGCUCCAGCAAGUGUUCAGCAACGUGUUCGACGAAGAAAGGGCCAAUCACAACAAGGAAAAUCCCGAGAAGGAAUCCACCCACUCCGUCACCGUGGCAGAGGGUGCUACUCUCGAGAUUCCCCAGACCUCCUACGAGUCGUUUGAAAUAUUUCAAGACUUGUGCCAUUUGAUCGAAAACGAAAAGCCUACCUACCUCAAAGAUUUCGCGCACAUCAAGACUACAUCUAUCCUCGAAAUCGUCGAGAACGUCAUUGCUACGCAUAAGAAACUCUUCAAUGAGCGUGAAGAGCUUUCGUAUUUGUUGAGAGUCAAACUUAUUCCCUCGUUAUUGAGGAUCUUGAGCUCCACCAUCAAGAGUUUCCCGCUUGUUACUCGCACAAUGAGAGUAAUCUUGGUGCUCUUGUCGUCUCAAUUGAACAACUUGGAGAUCGAGAGCGAAGUCAUAUUGUCGUUUUUAAAUCAUAUCCUUCUUAACGAGCCAACAGAAGAAGAAAAUGUCCCCUGGGAGAAGAUCUUAGUGCUUGAAUUGUACAAGGGUUUAUUCUCUGACUUCAAUGUCAUAAAAUCCAUCUUUGAGAAGUACGACAAUGACGAGAAGAAAAAGGAUGUCAUCCAAGAAUUGAACAGUAUUCUUAUUACUUAUCUUCAAAACAAUUCUAUCCUUACCCCCAAUCAGUCCCUCAAACAACCACUGGGGCCAUUAUACAUUUCGAAAUCUUCGUCACACAUGAAAAUAUCAAUUCUCGAUCAUUUGGACAAAAUGGAACCACCUCAUUCAAUUCCAGCAACAUAUCCCAUUUACCUCACAUUCAAUAUCUUGUUGCUAUAUUCAGAGGGGAUUGCCAAUUUUGUCCAAAACUUAUCCAGCAACUCCAAUCCAACUACAUUGGAGGCAGACGUAGAGUUCACAAAUUUCUUUAUCGAGGCUAGCUACCCCAAUAUCUCAUCAUUGUUUGAAUUAUUUAUAUAUUAUGAUAUGGAUAACGAAAGCUUUCAUUUGCUUGUCAGAUCGUUGCAACGAUUCACUCAUUCAACUGGUUUGUUAGGGUUGGGGGAACUCAGAGACGGAUUGUUAAUGAUCAUUUCGAAAGCUAUUAUUAAGAGCGAGGAGUCUAAAGACAGGGCAAAUGGAAGUUCUUUACAAGAGCAAGGCUUACAGUUAUUAGCAUUUGGUGAGUCCUUAGUGGAGUCUUUGACUUCAAUACAGCCUGUCGGACAGGAAAACUCGCAUGGUACCGACGGCGAGCCUCAGUCAUCAAGGCAAAGUAUGGAAAGUACACUUGUUCAUAUAAGAAAUUUCAACUCUAGACAUAUCACUUGCGUUAGAGCCUUGGCGAAUUUGGGUGUUUCGUUGGGAUCAACCUUAGGUGACUCCUGGAAAAUCAUAUGGAUGACCUUUCAAUGGUGUGAUUUCUUUGUGUAUGGUGCAGAUACAUUAAACAGCAAUAAAACAAAAGCCACGGAUGAUUCCACCGCUAAAUUAACUAGUCAAGACUAUGCCAACUUGGAAUCUUCAAAAAAGAAGCUAAUUGAGAGCGUGAAUGAUUUUCCAACCGAAUCUUUCAAAGAGUUGUUGAAUUCCCUAAUCGAAUUAUCUGAUCAGGUACUCAGUGGCCAAGAAAUUAAGUUUGGCUCAAAAGAAGCAACUUUGGUUCCAUGUCCAUACAACAAAAGCUUUUAUCUAAGCAAUAUCAUAAGCGUAUGCAGCGUUAAUCCCAACAAAUACCUCAUCAAUGAUGACUCGAUUUGGAAAAUGUGGUGUGAAUAUAUUAUCAGGCUUGGUACUCAAAGAACAAUGAACUAUAAUACUAGAAUACACGUGGUUCAGGCAUUCAAUACCCUCAUACAGCAUAUUACCAGUCAGGGUUUCAACACCGAUAUCAAUGAGAUAAUAGCAAGGACAGCAUCCAAGUCCUUGAAUGGUAUAAACUCCUUUUUGAACGGUAUUUUGAAUCUUGGUGUACCAAAAGAACUUUUGGUGCUCAAUUGUGAAACGGAGAUCCAUCACUUAUGCCUUUCAACAUUGUACGAGUUGAUUGACAAAUAUGAGGUUCACUACAAGAACUCGUGGAAUAUUGUUUUUGAAAUAUUGGAUACCCCAUUUAAAACUACUUCGUGGUACAACGAGGACAAGAACUUAAGGGAGAAAAUGAGGUUGCUUAUAGACUCAUCGUUCCGGACUUUGAAAUUGAUUCUUGAUGAAUUUAUGUCCACAUUACCAUUCAGCCAACUAAAAUUGUUAAUUGAUACUUUACACAACUUCUGUUCUCAGACAUUCGACUUGAACACCUCCUUUAGUUCAGUUAGUUACUUCUGGUUGAUUAGUGAUAGCUUGAAGCUGAGAAUCACCGAAGCUGGAGAGACUACUUUGCAUGCAGAGAAACUUUCCAAGGUCGCCACAGAAUCUCAGUUAAUCAGUCUAAUUGGGUCAACCAACGAUGAUACGGAUAAGGAGAAUUAUGUUUAUUACAUUGCACUUGAUAUCUACUUAUUAUCGACUUUGGUCAAAUUAUCAUUAGACCAGAGAGAUCAAGUGAGAGAUGGAUCAAUCCAGACGUUUUUUCAGAUUAUAGAUGUUCACGGCUCCUACUUAUCCUCGUCAUCGAUGUGGGACUUGGUCUAUAAGGUGGUUCUUCAACCAGUUUUGUUAGAUUUGAAAGUGGAUUUGAAGGAUGCAAAGUAUCACAAGAAAGAAUGGUUAGAAAGUUUUGGUUUAAUAUUAUCAGGAAUAAUCUCAAUUUUCAAUAAGUUUAUGAUGGAUUUUGACUCCAUUGGUCAUAUCUACGACAAAUGGGAAGUUUUAAUUAAAUACUUUGACCACUUGUUAUCCUUCAAGUGGUUGGAUUUGAACAUGAAAAUAUUCAGAUCAUUUCAAGACUUAUUGCUUCCUUUUACGAAGCUUGAUGCAAGCGAGAACACUAAAAAUACAGAUGAAGAUAGAAUUAAGAAGUUGUUGUUCGAUUUUUGGGUACAUGUCCCAGUUGAGUACGAUUUCAUAAACCCUCAAAACCAAAACUCUGCGGCUGCAUUGAUGGAAUGCUUUCCUGCAUUAUACAAAAUAACCAGCGACAGAUUGUCUGAAGAUGACGUCAAGAUUAUAAUUUUAUUAAUCAACAAAUGUGCUAGGUAUCCAUUGUUACCUGAAGGUAACCAAUUGGAUGACAAGAGACCAACCAAGUUACAAAAGUCAACUAUUGAUAAUUUGCGGCUCAUACAAAUUGCAGACAAGGAAAUCGAGUCUCAAGUUAUUCAACAGUUGAGUGGGAUGACUAUCUAUCCAUUUGGUAUCAAAAAGCGUAUCGAACAGAAGCUAGAUGGCAACAAGGCUAUUAUAUCGAAGUAUAAGAUUCCAUCUUUUGUCGCAAUAAGUCAUCUCAGUACCCAAUUGCUUAAAGAAAAGUUAGAGAACUUCAGUGAUUUUGGGCUCUUGUUGAAGGAUAAGGGAGCCGCCAAGAUAAUUAGGUCUCUUCUUGAAAUUAUAAGCAAGAAGUUUGUUGGAAUUGUGAGCGAAAGCAAGCCAUUAUGGGUUGAAGCCAACGAGAUCUUGGUACUCUUGAUUCGUCAAAUAAUUGCUCAGGCCAAAGAGAGUGUGCUAGAUGAAGACUUAUGGAAUUUGAUCAUGAAGUCGGUUGUGAUCUGUCUUGAAGACCGUUCCAAUAUUGAGGAAGGCAAGUUAGAGGAGGUGGAAAAUAUAAAGAUCGAGCAGUACAACCAGUUAACUGACUUGGUGUUGCCCAAAUUGUUGGAGUCCAACAACGAGGUAUUGAUCGACGGUUAUUUGAAAAGUGUCUACGAAAACUCGUUCCUCUACGCGUUUGAUCACGUUGACGAGUCCAUAAUCGAUAGCUUGGGAGGAUCCGAGUUGUACAUCGGGGACGGGGUCAUUACAAGCCUUACAAACUAUGAUUUCAACAACUCUUUUGGGUCCACCAAACCUAUUGAAAGAUUUUCCAACCAGCACACGCGUUUUCGGUGUCUCCAGGAGCUUAUACACUACAGUGUGAGUCCCGUGAACCUGACAUUGAAUGGAAUUAGUCAGAAGUACUUGCUCUGCCGCAUUUCGUUUUGUUUGAGAAGGUUCAUCAGCGAGGAAAGACUCUUAUUUCUGUGUCCCAUUUCCAGGCUACAAGAGCAGGAGGUGGUCGCAGUUCUAAGAGGGUGGAUAAGUGUCGAAUGGACUGAAGCGAAUGGGGCCAAUGCCCGCAAAUUGCACCGACUCUUGGUGCAAAUGGUGCGCUUUGCAUCGCGAGUCAGAGGAUUGGACGGGUUGAUGGAGAAGGCUCUCAAAUAA